AAAUGCUUUUUAUGGCAUUCUUUGUCAAGCUGCAAAUAUGAAGGGAGCUCUCUCUCGCACUCAUGUCUUACACAUUACUCUGCUUCUUCUCUUGUGUAUUCACGCGUCUCAGUGCUCUUCAUCAAGUGGUGCAAAAGUUUCCUCUUCUGUCACAACUAAGGUUGAUGUGCUGCCUCCUGAUAUCUCACCAAGCAUAGAGUCUCAACCCCUUCUUCCUCUUCUAGCUCCUUCCCCACUGAAACCAUUCACAAAUUAUACUCUGCCAAAAUUAUCAGGUCUAUGUUCGUUAAAUUUCUCAGAUGCGGGACACAUAUUGAGCACAACUGCCACUGAUUGUUUCAAUUCUUUUGCUAAAUAUUUGGCAAAUGUAGUAUGUUGUCCUCAAUAUAAUGCCAUGCUGCGGACACUUAUUGGGCUGUCAGGUAAAUACUCCGGGCAGCUGGCUUUGAACAUAACUCAUGCUAGCCACUGCCUCUCAGAUAUUCAGAAGAUUCUGGCCAGUCAAGGAGCGGAUGAGGACUUGAAAAACACAUGUUCAGUCCAUCCAGCAAAUCUCAUUGAAGCAUCUUGUCCCAUUGUAGCUGUUGAUGAAUUUGAGAGUAUAGUAGACACUUCAAGACUACUAACUGCUUGUAGAGAUAUUGAUCCUUUACAUGAGUGUUGUGACCAAGUUUGCCAAAAUGCCAUAAAUUACGCUGCUAAAAAAAUUGCCUUAAAUGAUAUGUCAAAUAUAGAUGGGGAUAAAAACUUGCCUGAGCAGAUGGCUAGGAUCAAUGACUGCAAGCAUAUUGUCCUUCAUUGGCUGGCUAGUAAGCUUGACCCUGCUGUUGCAAAUGGUCUUUUUAGAGGACUUUCAAAUUGCAACCUUAAUAAAGUCUGUCCUCUGGUCUUUCCCAACAUAACCAAGGUUGGGGAGGCAUGUGGAAAUGUAAUAAGGAACCGAACAGUUUGCUGCAAAACCGUCAAGAGUCAGGUGUCAUACAUGCAAAACCAGAGUUUCAUAACCAACCUCCAAGCCUUGAAAUGUGCUGCAUCACUUGGCAAGAAGUUGCAGAAAGCUGGCGUCUCCACCAAUAUAUAUAAACUUUGUCAUAUAAGCCUAAAGGACUUUUCUCUUCAAGUAACACCUCGAGAAUCUGGUUGCCUUUUGCCAAGCUUGCCUUCAGAUGCAGAGAUUGAUGGUACUUCGGGGAUUGGAUUCAUUUGUGACCUUAAUGACAACAUUGUAGCUCCAUGGCCUUCAGCAUCACAUGUGGUUGCCUCUUUAUGCAAUACAACUACAAAAUUUCCAUCUCUUCCUGCAGCAACAUCUGCACAAAAUGGUCGUUCCGUCAAGAACGUGGUUUUACAUUACCUCUUCAACACUUCUCUUCUUCUCUGCAUGCUUUUUUGAUCUUGGCGUUCUUUAAUUUGUUAUUUUUGACUUACUUUGGCUCAAAGGGAACACUCGAAUUCUUAGGAUAUUUUGCGGCUUCUGAGGCUUUGCUGAGGAACUUCUGUGGAAUUCCUAAUGGGGUUUCAAUCAUCCAACAUGUUCAUAAUAUA